AUGGAAAAUAUCCUAAAUGAGAUGAUUGGAAAAUGCGCAGGCGCUGCAAUUUUCAGUCACACAGGUAUUGUAUGGUAUACUACACCAGGUUUUUAUACAAAUACUAACGAAUUCAGAAAUUUUGCUAAUGUUUUCGUUCCAAAUAGUAAAUGCGUUUAUGAUGGAAUUAGUUUUCAGAAUCAAGUAUACUUAACUCUUAGUUUAUCUGAUGAAAUUUACAUUGGAAUUACAAAUACAAGUUUCGCUAUAAUGUGCAAAUGCAAAGAAUGCAUAGUGUUUGCAUAUGAUGAGAAUAAAAUUACUUACGAUAGACUAAAACAAGCUACAGUUCAAUUAGCUCAAAAAAUUAAAGAAAAUAACCUUGAUAGCCAAGAUCUUGGUAAAUAA